UUAUGUUUUGGUUUGCAAAAUCUCUAAGAAAAGGAAAACUAAUCAGAAUUACAAGAAAUGCUAACAUGUCAAAGGUGCCGAAAGUUGCGCUCAAUUUGAAGCAGUUUAUGCUGCGACAGGAAGUGCUGAAGCUAUACCGGGACAUCUUUCGCACCAUUCGCCAAGUGCCGGACAAGCACAGCCAGGCGGAGCUGAAGGCGUGGGCACGGCACGACUUCCAAAUUAACCGCUCCCAGAAUGACGAGGUGGCCAUCAAGAUGCUGAUGCAGCACGGCCGACGGAGCCUGACUGAGCUGAAGACCAGCCUGCAGCUGAGCGGAGUGAGCGAGGAGAAGUGAGGAAAAUGCCUGUUGACUUUAUUUGUUUGAGCUCGACAACAAUACGAAAAUAAAUACGAGGUAAAACUAA